AUGACACCCGAAAAACAUGUGAAACAUGAAAUAGAAAAGGAUAUUUCGAAACUUGAAAGCAAUGAAGAAUUUGAUGAAGAUCAAAAAGUCGCUGAAACAACAGACAACUAUAAGGAACAAGAUUACACAGAACCAGUUGAGUAUCCAAAUGAAAACGAUAAACCGUUAGAAGAAACAGAACAAUUUGAAACACAAAAUUAUAAUGAAGAAAAUUAUCCAAAUUACGAACAAAAUUACGACCAACCACAAUAUACAGAGCAAUUUGAAAAUUACGAACAAUAUCCCGAACAAUACGCUGACCCAAACACUCAGCAAUUUGUUGAUCCCAAUAAUCAACAAUACGCUGAUCCGAACGCUCAACAAUACGAUCCGAACGCUCAGCAAUAUACCGAUCCAAAUGCUCAACCAUUUGUUGAUCCAAACGCUCAAUAUGAAGGCCAAUAUGAAAAUUACGCAACGGAUGAAAAUUAUGUUGAACAGACAUAUGACGACACACAAUAUAACCAAGAAUAUCCUGAACCAGUUCCAGAACAAGCCGCUGAUACGAAUGAUAACAUGUCGCCUAACGAUAAAGUAGCUAGCCAAAGUUAG